AUGGUUACCUGUGGAGGCCUAAAACACUUCUUUGACAAACCAUUCCCAGAAAAUUCAACAAUUCUUGAUUCCACUUCUUCAUGGAAUCAGAUUAAAUCCAUGAAACCUAAUAAAGAUUCAUCCUUCACGGAGAUUUUUGAUGAAUUACAUUCUGUUUCAUCGUUUUCUUCUAAUAAUCUCCCUCCAUUGUCUACCACCUCCUCGUCCUCGUCAUCAUCAUCAUCGACAUGUUCUUCUUAUAAUAACUCGUCAUUUUCUUUCGAAGCAAUUCACCAAUCUGGGGUUGAAGGGAAAAACAGAGACCCCAUUUAUCCACCAAGCAGCCAGAAGAAACAUUACAAGCAUAGUGAUAGCUUUUCUUCAAGAAAUUCAGAUUGUCUUUCAAUAUGUACAGAAAGCCUUGGAUUUGAAAGCUGUGAUGAUGUUGAAGAUAUUAUGAAUGUAUUGAGUAUUGGGAAUGAUCAAGAACACGAAGAAAUUAGAUCAACGAACAUUCAUAAUCAGGGGAUUAUAAGUCAUGAAUAUACGAAAAUUAGAUCAAGAACAAAUAAAGGGGCAUUAUUGCCUCCUCCAAUUUCUUGCAUUGGUAGAAAUGGAAAGCCAUGUGUUUGUUUUGAAUCUUUUAGAGAAAAUGAGGAUGUUGAAGAAGAUGAAUCAAGUGAAGAUGUAACAAAUGAUGAUGAUGAGAAAAGAGAAGUUGGAGAACCUUGCUAA